AUGGAAUUGUACUCGGUUGGAACGGACCUCCUUAUACAUUUCAACACCACCAAUCCAGCCAAGGCCGAUCCACGAGGUUUCGUCAUCGACUAUGAGUUCUCGAGCCGUUUUGUCGAUGUCGCCCAAUUGCUGCACGGCCAGAAAGGCGUCACUCAUAUGAGAGGCACGGAGUGCGAUGUUCGAGUGGAAAGCAACCGGGAAACGAGUCACUAUAUAUACUCACCCAAGGCGAAUUCAAGAACUUGGAAAGGUGAUGCGUCCACGUUUGAAGAGUUCGCCGUACUCUCGGAUGACGACAGUGCUGUCGUAACGGAUCCACCAACCCUGGAAGAUAUCACUUGUCCAGCAGCGUGGGUUGGAGUGGCCACUUCAGAUGCAACGAUGAAAGCCACUCUCUCCUCGACCGAUGAGAGCAACUUCGAAGCUACGCUCUGCGAGCGAAUCCCUUCAGGUAAACAUCAAUCGGGAAAUGGGCGGACAAUUAUAAGCCAAUCACAAACUAUUCAAGGUUCUCCGUUACUUGGUCCCUACGUAAGCGGCGGUCCACGAAUGGUCAUCCAGUUCGGCACCACAGACAAGCUGCUCACCGACGGCCUUCGUCCGCAUGGAUUCAAAGCAAGAGUCGACUUCAAGACAGUUACUAUUCUGGUUAGAACUGAUUGCAACGACCAAACAUUCCAGAUUCGGUUGUGUUGUGUUGCUGGCGAACCGAUGGGCACAUCAAACGAGUGCCUGUUCCGAUUUCGAAGCCCCAUGGGUUUCUUCAAUAGCCCAAGAUAUCCAGCCAAUCUUGCAGUUAUUUAG